AUGUAUGACAAAUAUUACACCCCCGAAGUAUACGCCAAAUAUGGUAUAUCUGUUGGCGAAUGCACAAUUGAGUAUGAGAAAAGACAAAAUGGUUUGUUACAUACGUUAAGGACCCUUAAAAAGUAUCUAUAUGUGGAUUGUAAGAAGUCGAUAGAACAUGUGAUCGCAAAUGGAACCAAAUGUCCUGCUGAAGAUCGCAGCAAUAACAAUUUGGAACUUCAAGAACCAGUUGAUAUAAACCUUAGGAUUUUAUAUAAUACUGAUAUGGCUGUUUAUGUCAAUUAUGGUAUUGUCGCCGGCCCAUAUGCUCUUUUCUGUCAGAAUAUACACUAUACAGACAUCAACAUUAACGGCUGUGACAGAUAUAACGAUAGCAAGGCCUGCCAAGCCCUUUUAAGCCUAUUCGUCGAUAUCACCGCCCAUACACUUAGAAUCUCGAAUGUUUAUCGUGAUACAGUCCACACCUUUGAUCUAUCUAAGAUAGAAGGAGCUAACGCACUCCCUGAAAUCCUCCGACGCCGCCUUAAUCUUAAGACUCUGAUACUAGACAAAGCUAAUGAUAACCUUGUUUACUGGAUACUAAACAACUACAUAUUUGCGGAUUCUAUGGAAUUGCAUAUCCUGAACCAACGCUACAAGAAUCUUAAUAUUGCCCGAAUUCUCUCCCUUCCUACAUGCCAGAAGAUCUCUAAACUUGUGCUAAAUGACUUUGUUGGCUUAGAUGAGGUGAAGUUAUACAAGAAGUAUAAGAAAGAAGGUAGACUCGCUGAGCUCCCAUUAUUCAAUUACAUAGAAACAAUGAAAGCCGAAAACAAGACCAUCACGGAUCUUGGUCUUAACAAACUGACUCUGCGACUGGAAGGUCUUGAUUGCAAUAAGUAUACUGAAAUCUUAACUGAGUUUAAGAAUAUUGAUAUUCAAUACGAGGUUGUUCCUAUUGCAGUCUAUAUCGACCGUCAAAUAGCGAAGUACAACUCUUAUAUAAGGGCGAAGAGUCAAUAUGCUUUGAGGAAUCCCAACGAACGAUUUGAGAAGGUGCUGGUACUCAGAAACAUUAAUCUACAAGAAUUAGAAACGGAUCUUGCCAGUCGAUGCGCCACGUUUAGAUCACAACGAGAUCCAGACCAAGAACAAGAGCCAUUUAUCCAAAAACUUUCCCUUGAUACAUUAUCGUUAUAUUUCAAUGAUACUAAUCCAAUAACUGAGAAUAACUUAGUGAAGAUUCUCAUGUGGGUCGUGUAUCAAUUUACAGAUCUAGGCUGGUUGGGCUUAUACAAUCUUAAGGUUUCGAUGGAUGAGAAAAGGAAUAUAUCGGCCGGCAAUUACUAUAUCAUUGGGUUAAAUGUCUUCGAAUGUGAUUCCAUAUCAUAUACAUACCCAGGGCUUAUGUUGGCUGUCGGCACUAAGUGUAAUAUCAUAUUGGCGGAACUCAAUAUCCCUUUUCCUGGUCCUAUUAUCGUGAGAUAUACAAUGAUACCUCAACUUCUUAAACUGGACCUCACAGAGAUGGAUUCUGAGACACACUUGUACAAACUCGCCUCGGCCAUAAAGAAUUCUAACUCCACUACAUGCUCGAUGUGCUCUUUAAGCCAUUAUCGGCCAAAUGAGAAGAACCAAUUGGGUGAUGAGAUGCAUGUUGAGAUAGAUAAUGACAUGAGUGACGAGACGUGUAAAGAAGAAAGCGAGGGAGAUGGUAUGUAUCAAGCGAAGAUAAAGAAGGAAAACCCAGAUACGGUGGAAGAUUCUUCAGGUUUUAAUCCAAAGUUACACUUUAAAACAGCCUGCUAUUUCGCUUGCGAACACUUAUUCUGUGCUGAAUGUGUAUGGAAGAGCGCGGAGGACACCGAGGACACCGAGGACACACUAAAAUGUCCAACUUGUGAGAAAUGUCUCGACCUCGAUCGCACCUAUGAGCUCAUGUACGCGUCUCUACCCAACCUUGUUCUUGUCGAAUGCGAUGUUUCAACACCUACCACAAAGCUCUGGCAAUCUAAAGCCAUAGCAUGGCGUGAUACCCCUAUCUACCUCUACGGUUAUUGUCCACUCGCAUAUUGGUCUCGUCUUGAAAACAAGCCACAAGCAGAUUAUAACACUUCCAGCCCAAUUCGUGUCAUUUUCGUUUAA